CUGUCAUCCACCGCAACUGGCCGACCUGGUUGCAUGCCUAUUGCUGUUUGGACCGGACCUUGUUAGACAAGGAGCGGUCAAACAGAGAACCCCGUAGCCACGGAGACUCCGUAUGUCGAGAGGGUCCGUGUGUUCAACGAUCAAUGAUUUAUUCUAUGGAGCAUGCCUGGUGAGACGCUCAAAUAUAUAACGGAAGUUGUGCUCGAACACUUUACACCUCUCCUCCUGGCAGGUCCUUAGGGCUGUGACGGGCUAGAAGUCUACGGGAAACACGGCGGUAGGAGACUUGCUGAUCGGAUCUUUGUACGAUCCCGGGCAUGAUGACGACCCCUCUAGUUUUGAUUAUCGGGUGUGGGAUUGCUGGUCCUAUACUUGGAAUUCUUUACAAGCGCAAGGGGUACCACGCUAUUGUUUUUGAGAAGGUGAAGGCGCUGGGAGAUGCCGGGGCAUCAAUAAUGCUGAUGCCAAACGGGUUAAAGGUUCUUAAUUUGGUUGGCCUCGCAGACGCAGUUGCCAAAGAAUCGCUGCCCCUGAUAGGCUUUUGGGAUGGCGUCGCCUCAGGGGAGACCUUGGGUCAUUCGGGGCUUCCCGCGGCCUUCACAGCAAGAUAUGGGCAGCCAGCCGCCGGGAUCAAACGGGCAUCGAUCAACUUGAUGCUGAAAAAGAAAUUGCUCGACAUAGACGUCGAACUACGCGAGGGGUGGAAGUUGGAGUCGAUCCAGGAGAAUGAGGAUUCUGUCACGGCUAUCUUCGACGGCGGGCGCACGGUAACCGGCUCGUUCCUCGUCGGCUGCGAUGGCAUCAAGGCAGCCUCACGGAGUAUCAUACUGGAGAUGCAAGGUAUCCAUACGGGUAUGCCGACCUUCACGGGCCUGGCGCAGGUGGCGGGCAUAUCGCCUACGCCAGAGUCGCUGGACGCCUUCCGACGUGGCAGCCUCUGUAACUGGUACGGAGAUGGCAAACACAUCAUCGCGUAUCCCAUAUCAUCCACUCUUACCUCCUGGGCCGUCACGCUUCCCCAGAUGCAGCAACACGAAGAGACGUGGCGUCUGUCCGACCCAGCGGAGGUCGAGGCGCAGCGUGAGACGCUAGCAUCAGAGUUGAGUGGUUUCGAGCCGGUAGUGUUGACCCUAAUCAAGACGGCGACCCGGAUUAUCAAGUUUGGCCUUUUUGAUCGUGAGGAACUAAGUCCCGAGCAGUGGCAUUCAACGCGCUGUGUGCUGGUCGGCGAUGCAGCUCAUCCCACGACCCCUCACCUAGGGCAGGGCGCGAACCAGGCUUUGGAGGACUGCUACCAUCUUAUGCAAUCCAUGCCGUGCAUAGAGCCAGGAAGUGUGGACUACGCCGAAAGGUUGGACUGCCUUGACUCAGAUCUCCCGAGCCUCUUCCAGGCUUACGCAGAAAGGCGCCAACCUCGUACAUCAGCGUUGGUGAAGGAAGCUCGCGCUCAAGGGGACAAGCGUGUAGUGACCUCUCCUGCACUGUGUAAAGAACGUGAUGCGGUAAUUGCUGCAGCAUGGAGCGAUCCCGACGCUAUCAGGACCAAGUAUGAAGCAUUGCUGAAGGAGCCGUUUUGAGUUAUUCUUAUGGCUUGAAUGUAGUUCCACAUUCUGGUUAACUACUACACAUUUAUCUCUUGUUUCGGAUCUUCACCUGUCAUGUGUAGACCUAACAUAUUGGUAGAUGGCCGAUCCGAGAGACAAUUCCGUGCCACUAGAA